ACAAACCAAGGAGUCGAUAUGCUGUGAAUGGCUCUGGUGACACCACAGAAGACCAAGAUGGGGACUCCAGGUUUUCAGAUGUCAUCCUGGCAACAAUUUUGGCUACUAAGUCAGAUAUGUGUGGCAAAAAGUUUGAAUUGAAGAUUGAUAACGUUCGCUUUGUUGGCCAUCCCACCUUGCUCCAGCAUGCCCUUGGGCAGGUAUCCAAAACUGAUCCCUCACCAAAGAGAGAGAUGCCCACCAUGAUUCUGUUCAACGUGGUGUUUGCACUAAGGGCCAACGCGGACCCGUCGGUGAUCAGCUGCCUGCACAACCUGUCGCGCAGGAUCGCCAUCGUCCUGCAGCACGAGGAGCGCCGCUGCCAGUACCUGACCCGCGAGGCCAAGCUCAUCCUGGCCAUCCAGGACGAGGUGUCUGCCAUGGCAGAGACCACAGAAGGGCCCCAGUCACCUUUUCAUCACAUCCUACCCAAGUGCAAACUGGCCAGAGAUCUCAAAGAGACAUAUGACAGUCUCUGCACCACAGGGGUUGUUCGUUUGCACAUCAACAACUGGCUGGAAGUGAGUUUCUGCCUUCCUCACAAAAUCCACUAUGUUGCCACCAACUUCAUUCCCCCAGAAGCAAUUGAGAGAAGCCUGAAAUCCAUCAGGCCUUACCAUGCCUUAUUACUUUUAAAUGAUGAGAAGUCAUUGCUUAAUGAGCUCCCGUUGGACUGCUCUCCUGCCCUGGUGAGAGUAAUUAAAACUACCUCUGCUGUGAAGAAUUUGCAGCAACUGGCUCAGGAUGCUGACUUGGCAUUGCUGCAGGUUUUCCAGCUUGCAGCACAUCUUGUUUACUGGGGCAAAGCAAUUAUUAUUUAUCCUCUUUGUGAAAACAAUGUCUACAUGCUUUCUCCAAAUGCCAGUGUCUGCCUGUACUCUCCCCUGGCAGAUGCCUUCUCCUGUCAGUUCCGGGGUCACAACCUGCCCUCCAUGCUGGCCAAGUUCUCCCUGCCCGUGUCCCUGGCUGAGUUCAAGAACCCACUGGCACCACCCGUGCAGGAGACCCAGCUGAUCCAGAUGGUGAUCUGGAUGCUGCAGCACCGGCUGCUGAUCCAGCUGCACACCUACGUGUGCCUGAUGGUGCCCCCGCAGGAGGAGGAGCUCCGAGCGCAGGACGAGGACAUGCCCUUCACUGCCAGGGUGGGGGGACGGAGUCUGAGCACCCCCAACGCUCUCAGCUUUGGCUCCCCAACCAGCAGUGAUGACAUGACUCUGACAAGCCCUAGCAUGGAUAACUCCAGUGCUGAGCUGAUCCCUGGUGGGGACUCACCCCUCAAUAAGAGGAUGACAGAGAAUCUCCUGGCAAGCCUGUUGGAGCACGAGAGGGAAGCCAUCCUGAACGUCCCAGCUGCCCAGAACCCAGAGGAUCUCCGCAUGUUUGCAAGGCUGCUGCACUACUUCCGCGGGCGGCACCACCUGGAGGAGAUCAUGUACAACGAGAACAUGCGGCGCUCGCAGCUGCUGAUGCUGUUCGACAAGUUCCGCAGCGUGCUGGUGGUCACCAGCCACGAGGACCCCGUCAUCUCCGUCUUCCAGUCGCUCCUCAAGUGACUCUGCUGGCACAGAGGGAGGAGCCUGCCAUGCUCUCCAUGCUGAGAGCCUAAAGGAUGCCUGAAAUCUGCAGGAGGUGGUUUCAGUUCUGUCUAGCCAUGUGACACACAGCAGGUUUGUCCCUGUCUGUGCCUCGAUGUCCCAGCUGCUCCCCGAGCCUCUGGGGUUGCUGCAGGACAGUACGUGCUUGCUCAGCCUGGAUCCCUGCCCUGCCACACUCACAGCCCUUCCAGGGACCCUCAGAGUGGGACAGGAGGGUUCUGCUGUGGUGCUGCUGGCAGAACUUUGGGGGGACACUGGGAGUGCUUCCUGUGCCCUCCAGCACGGGACACUUGGCCAUGAGAGCCUGUCCCCAUGGCACAGCAUGCAUGGCCUUGCUCCGGGGCACAGGGCAGCUGGGCUGGCUCCAGGGCAUGACCCUGGCUCCUAGGGCAUCACUCUGGCUCCUAGGGAAUCAUUCUGGGCACCCAGGAAUUCUGUUUGAUCUCACAGCACCAAGGACAGGUGGGAAGGCAAGGUAUCACAAGUAAACAUGAAAUCAUGAAUGAAUGACUCA